AUGCAGUUCUUUCAUCAUCAAUUUAAUAAUAAUUCAAUUAUAUCCAAUAAUGGUAUCAACAAUAAUAUUCAUAUAUCUCGUCAAUUAUCUAUCAUAGAUGAUGGUCCAUUACGUAUUCAUGUUGGAAAUAUUCCAUUUAGUUGGUCUGAUAAACAUCUACGAGAACAAUUUGAUAUUUUUGGUCCAGUUGAUGAUGUUGAGGUAGUUUCAAAUGCACAAGGAUCAAAAGGCUUUGGAUUUCUUACAUUUCUUCGGCGACGUGAUGGUGAACGUGCUAUGCAAGUUAAAAAUGGCACAAUUGCUGACGGACGGAAAAUAACAGUCUCAUUGGCCGUCGCUAAGAAUCAUGCAACAUCAUCGUUAUUAUCAACACCACCACAAACACCUGCUCGAACAGCCUUUCGAUCUCUUUCAACGAAUCGUCCAAUGCCAUUAUUGGUAACCUCAUCAUCUUUGUCGCCUGAUGCACCGAUGUGGAUGCCAUUAACACCACCUUCAUCGACUACUUGGCGUUUAUCUCCUGAUCCACAAUCCAAUGGAUGGAUAAAUGCAUCUCCAACUUCAUCAUCUAGUCCAUUGUCAAUGCUCUUUCCACCAUUAGUUUCAUCACCACGUGUUGAAUGGUCAACGGAAAAUGAAAAUGUAAACAAUAAUUGGCAAUCAGUAACUACUGAACCAGUGAUGUAA